GAGUGAGAGAGAGAGAGAGAGAGAGAGAGAGAGAGAGAGAACGUCAAUCGCGAGAAGAGGAGAGAAGCGAAGAGGAGAGGAGAGAAGGAAAGGAAAGAGCGAAGCCACACGCUAAAGAAACUGCCCUUCAUCAGUGCAGCAGGAGGAGGAGGAGGAAGAGGAAGAGGCCUGUGCUGCUGCUGCUGCUGCUGCUGUGAGCCUCGCGGAGUCUCGCGCGUGCCGAGGCGCGUCCCCGCCCUGCGCGCGCUCACGGCCGCGGGGUGAGGAGGAUAGAGAGAGAGAGAGAGAGAGAAAGAGAGAGGGAGAGAGAGGGAGAGAGGGAGAGAGGGAGAGAGAGAGAGAGAGAGAGAGAGAGACGACGAGUGCUUCUUACGAGAUCACAUCAACAGCUCGAGGCAUACGGACGGAUUUUAUUGAUAUUGUUAUUAUUAUUAUUGUUUUUACUAUUAUUUUUUUAUCCACGAAUUCCUUAAUCGGACUCUCGACAUGGAGCGGCGGCGUUGAUGGAAAGCGAGGCGAGGCGGCGCGGCGCGUGCACUGCAUCUCCCUUCGGUUUUUGAAUGAUUAUUUUGGGCUGUAAUCCCCGCACCUGAUCCGGACGUUGCCUGCAAGCGUGUAAAUAUUUAAAUAAAGCCCCCAUUUAGGCCGAUGACUGGCUGAUGACGCCAGUCGAACCGAGCUUUGUGUUUUAUAGUGGCGGCACAUGGGCUCCCCCGUAUUUCUAUAAGUAGACCUGCUCAGCUAUAGGCAGCUCUCUGCAGCGGUCAUUGUCUUGGAGAUGCGCUCGCGCUCGCUUGUAAGGCACGUCCCGUUUUCUCGGGUCUGCUGAAAAAGAAGAAAAGACAAACACGGGGGCAAUCGCGUACCGCUUCGAAUCGAGCAUCCACACCUUGACCGGCUUUAUUUAUUUUCCUCUCUCGACCUCCCCCCUCCACCCCCCUACCCCCCACCACUCCAUUCCCUUGAAGCCUUUUCUUCCUCCUUCUCUCCAUCCUGCGCUGUUUUGUCAGCAACUAAGGCUAAAGCUGUGAGUGGUGCUCUUCAUUCGCCUUAUCUGUCUCCUCCUCCUCCUCCUCCUCCUUGAAGCAUCAGCCAGGGCUUCUGCAGGCAGCCAUGGAGACCCCCACUAAGCUCCCUCCGUCCAGUCCGUCCUCGCCCACCACAGGCUUUUCUGUGCCCAGCGCCGAGAAGGUGGAUGGCUUUCCCCGAAGGUCCAUGCGCCGGGCCCGCCAAAGAAGGUCCCACAGCUCCUCGCAGUUCCGCUAUCAGAGCUCGCAGGUGGAGCUGACGCCUCUGCCGCUGCUCAAAGAUGCCCCGGUGGCAGAGCUACAUGACCUAUUCUGUAAGAAGCUGCAGCAGUGCUGUGUGCUGUUUGACUUUCUGGACUGCGUGGCGGACCUGAAGGGGAAAGAGAUCAAGCGGGCGGCGCUGAAUGAGCUGGUGGAGAGUGUGGCCACCAGCCGUGGCGUCCUCAUUGAGCCCCUCUAUCCUGAGGCCAUCAAGAUGAUCUCAGUGAACAUCUUUCGUACUCUCCCACCCAGCGAAAACCCAGAUUUUGACCCUGAGGAGGAUGAACCCACACUGGAGGCCUCCUGGCCACACCUACAGUUGGUGUAUGAGUUCUUUUUGCGCUUCCUGGAGAGUCCUGAUUUCCAGCCCUCCAUGGCCAAACGUUACGUGGACCAGAAAUUUGUUCUACAGCUGUUAGAGCUGUUUGAUAGUGAAGACCCCAGAGAGAGAGAAUACCUGAAGACCAUCCUGCAUCGCGUCUACGGCAAACUGCUCGGCCUUCGAGCGUACAUCCGCAAACAGAUCAACAACAUCUUUCUCAGGUUCAUUUAUGAAACUGAGCACUUCAAUGGAGUGGCUGAGCUGCUGGAGAUUUUGGGCAGUAUCAUUAAUGGCUUUGCUCUGCCUCUGAAGUCAGAGCAUAAGCAAUUCCUGGUGAGGGUCCUGAUCCCCCUGCACACUGCCAAGUCUCUCUCCAUCUUUCAUGCACAGCUGGCCUACUGUGUUGUGCAGUUUAUGGAGAAGGAUGCCACCGUUACAGAAUAUAUCAUCAGAGGGCUGCUAAAAUACUGGCCCAAAACAUGCACCCAGAAAGAGGUGAUGUUCCUGGGGGAGAUCGAGGAGAUUCUGGAUGUCAUUGAGCCGUCUCAGUUCAUCCGUGUGCAGGAGCCACUCUUUAAGCAGAUCGCUGCCUGCAUCUCCAGCCCUCACUUCCAGGUUGCAGAGCGGGCUCUGUAUUUCUGGAAUAAUGAGUACAUUCUGAGCCUGAUCGAAGAGAACUGCCAGGUCAUCCUGCCUCUGGUCUUCGGCACACUCUACAGAGUCUCCAAAGAACACUGGAACCAAACGAUUGUGUCUCUCAUCUACAACGUCUUGAAGACCUUUAUGGAGAUGAACAGUAAACUUUUUGAUGACCUCACUGCCUCCUACAAGGUGGAGAAACAGAAGGAGCUGAAGAGAGAGAGGGAGCGUGCUGAGUUAUGGCGGAGUCUGGAGGAGCAGCAGGAGCGGAGGCUGCAGAGUUUGGGAGAAGCCAGCCGCAACCAGAAGAACCUGCAGGAGAGAGAGAAGAACAGCAAGAAUGAGCCAGAGAACAGCGCUGCCAACGCCACCUAGAACACACACACACACACACACACACACACACACACACACACACACACACACACACACACACACAUAUGCACACACAUCAAUACAGAAAAAACAUAAUAACUCACUCUGUUUUAAAAUAUUUUUUAUUCUUGAAACAACCACUACUUCUAACAACACAUAAACACAGACCACACAUACACACAAAUACACACCCCUACACUGUAAACAAAUUUGUGUAAAAUUACAGUACUGGCAGCAAUUUCUCAAGUGAUUUACUGUUUAUUUACAGUACAACUACAACAGUUUUUUAAACACAGCUGAUCACUGUAUUUGUACAGUUUUUUCCUGCACUCCUGUAUUUCUAACAGAUUGUUCUUAUGUUCUCUAAUGUGCACCCACAGCUGCCUGAGGACCUUCCGUUUUACUGCAAAAUGUAAAGAUGUAGGCAAAGAUGGCAGUAACCAAAUAUCCAUUAUUCAUACAAUUACAAGAUUAAUUAGUUACUGAAACACAAACACUUCUGCAUAUUUUCAGUAAGGAAUAGCAUGUUAAAACAAAUGAGCAAACAAAACUCAUGUGAAAUGAUCUGCCGAUGAAAAAGUAAAUUGGCAAAAAAACAAAAUUGCAAGUAAUGCUGGGAAGCUCCAUCCCCAUCACUACAGUAUUCAGAGACAGGCUGCUCAAAGUCCUGCCCACUUUCCAGCUUAUUGUAAUAUCCAAUAUUUUAACUUCUUCGUCCUCUUCCUCUCAUAUAUACAAAUUCAUCCAUACACACCUGUUUCACUCAGAAUUCCUCAUAUUUUAGAGGAGUCUGCUGUACUUAAAGAAUACAGUGGAUUACUGCAGUGUUUCUGCUGUAAAUUUACAUCAGUUCGUUACAGUGUAGAAACAGGUACACAUACAUAAAAUACAGACACUGUUCACACAACAAUCAGAUCAAAUACAGGUUGUCCAUAUGUAGAUAUGCUACAUUAAUGCAACAUACACUAAUACAACACACACACACACAUACAUACACAGAUGAAUAAAUGUCAUACUGUAGGGAGACGCAGAUUAAUAAGAUGAGUGUCUCUCACUCUUCAUGUUCUUUACUCUCUCCAUGCACAUCUUACUCAUUCUAUUUCACUUUGUUUUCUUUCCUUCUGUUUCUCUCUCUUCCCCUCAUCUAUACAAAAUCAAGCACACACACACACACACACACACACACACACACACACACACACACACACACACACACACACCUACAUACACCAAAGACACAAGCAGCACAAACAAGGGCACACAAAUCACACUUGCAUGAGGAGCUGACUGUGAUGCAGUCAGUCAGUCAGACAGAAUCAUCUAUACAAAAUCAUGCAUACACACACACACACACACACACACACACACACACACACACACACACACACACACACACACACACACACACACACACACACACACACACAAACAAACACAAGUCAUUGGUUAAGUGGAACUGGUUUGGGCUACUCUCCUGCUGACCACUGGACUUUACUCACUCUCUCCCAAAAAAGAUGAAGAGGAAUGCUGAACAUAAUGAUGAUUCUGAAGAGUUAUGAAGAUGAUAUCUCUGUAAAAGUAAUGAUUAUAAUGUUCCUACUUCUACAGCUUAUUCUAUAAGUACUACUUCUAUUGCUAACUGAUGUUUUUAUAUCUAUAUAUAUCUAUAUAUAUAUCUAUAUAUAUAUAUAAAUAUAAUAUCUAUGUCUGAUUCUAGUGUUGGUGGGGGUAUUCUAGUGUAGCACCUCUAAAACAUGACAAAAGUAUGCUGCUAGACUAAACUUGUUCUGAUGUAACGACAAUACAUUACUCUAGUCCGUUCUUCUUCUGGGGUUUUAAACACGCCAUCCGAAAUGUGUUACUUUAGCAAUAUUCUCAUCAAUUUUGAAUAACAUGUGUCAGCAGGUUUUUUUUGGAGCAAAUUUCACUCUACCACACUGUCUACUUCAGUGCACACAAUGAUGUUCAUUUGUAUUUUUAAAAUUUUGUUGAUUUGUUUUGUUUUACUUUUAUUUUUGUAUACUUGUUUUGCUGUUGAUAUUUAUUAAUAUUUAUUUUGAUCAGUGACUUUAUUGGAGGCUUGACGAACAAGACUGCAAGUGAAUGAAGGCCUAAGCAUACUUAAGAGUCUGGUAAAGACAGUUGGUAUGGCAUGUAAGUAUGUAUGUAAGUAAGUAUGUAUGUAUGUAUGUGUGUGCGGGUGCGUGUACUGCUGUAAAUGGUGACAGAGAUGAGGGGUCAACGCCCCCCCCCGGGCUGAAAAAAUGAACAGGGUUUGAAUCAGUACAUACCAUUCAGAUUGAUUGUAAUUUUAACUGUAUAACACUCAAUGUUGGUUGUUGGUUCUACACUGACAUUGCCUCUGUUUGACAACAAACGAAAAACAAGAACAGAGAAAUCACCAUCACUCAUUCUGUUGUUAAUUUAAAAGGGCGCUAGCUCGUCUUUUCCUAGGUUCUGAGAAAGUUCCCGUAAAGAGAAAGCUGAGAUGUGAAACAGUAAGUUAAGGGUAGAGUAGAGUAGAGAAGGCAAUAAAAGGACUGGAACUGUAAGCAAACGUAGCAUCACUUCAACUAGACUUGCACUGUCCUCUUGAUUGAUGUUUUGUGUUUAAACAUAGCAAUGUAUUUUUGGGGGACCAAUGGCUUUGGGAUAUGAAUGUAUAAAAAAAAUGGGAUAUAAACAUGAAAAUGUGUGUUGAAUAAGUUCACAUUGAGAAA